GUGCGGGCGCUGGCGCGGGGCCGGAGCGGCGGCCGCGGGCCGGGCGGGCACCGGCCCGAUGCGGCGGCGGGAGAAGCGGCUGCUGCAGGCGGCGGCGCUGGUGCUGGCGGCGCUGGUGCUGGCGCCCAACGUGGGGCUGUGGGCGCUGCACCGCGAGCGGCGGCCCGACGGCUCCCCCGGGGCUGCCCCCCGGCAGGGUUCGCACGCUGAGCGGAAGACGAUGGGAGCAGGGCUGGCCCUGAAGGACUGGCACGACCUGGAAGCCAUGAGGGCGGACGCGCUGCGCGUAGGGCCCGGCGAGCAGGGGAGGCCCUACCCCAUGACGGACGCCGAGAGAGUGGAGCAGGCCUACCGGGAGAACGGUUUCAACAUCUACGUCAGCGACCGGAUCUCCCUGAACCGCUCCCUCCCGGACAUCCGGCACCCAAACUGCAACAACAAACGCUACCUGGAGACGCUGCCAAACACCAGCAUCAUCAUCCCCUUCCACAACGAGGGCUGGUCGUCCCUGCUGCGCACCGUGCACAGCGUGCUCCGCCGCUCCCCGCCCCAGCUGCUGGCCGAGGUGCUGCUGGUGGACGACUUCAGCGACAGAGAGCACCUGCAGAAGCCUCUGGAAGACUACAUGGCACAGUUCCCCAGCGUCAAGAUCCUCCGCGCCAAGAAGAGGGAGGGGCUGAUCAGGACCCGGAUGCUGGGGGCCGCGGCCGCCACUGGUGACGUCAUCACUUUCCUGGACUCCCACUGUGAGGCCAAUGUCAACUGGCUGCCGCCCCUGCUGGACCGCAUUGCUCGGAACCGCCGGACCAUCGUGUGCCCCAUGAUUGACGUCAUUGACCACGACGACUUCCACUAUGAGACGCAGGCCGGGGAUGCCAUGCGGGGCGCCUUUGACUGGGAGAUGUACUACAAGCGCAUCCCCAUCCCCCCCGAGCUGCAGAAGGCCGACGCCAGCGACCCCUUCGAGUCGCCCGUGAUGGCCGGAGGGCUGUUUGCCGUGGACCGGAAGUGGUUCUGGGAGCUGGGAGGGUACGACGCAGGCCUGGAGAUCUGGGGCGGGGAGCAGUACGAGAUCUCCUUCAAGGUGUGGAUGUGCGGGGGCCGUAUGGAGGACAUCCCCUGCUCCCGCGUGGGCCACAUCUACCGCAAGUACGUGCCCUACAAGGUGCCCGCCGGAGUCAGCCUGGCCCGGAACCUGAAGCGUGUGGCGGAGGUGUGGAUGGACGAGUAUGCCGAGCACAUGUACCAGCGGAGGCCCGAGUACCGGCACCUCUCGGCGGGGGACGUGGCCGCACAGAAGCAGCUCCGAGCGCGGCUGGGCUGCAAGAGCUUCAAGUGGUUCAUGACCGAGAUCGCCUGGGACCUGCCCAAGUACUACCCACCCGUGGAGCCGCCCGCCGCCGCCUGGGGGGAGUUACGCAACGCGGGCACGGGGCUGUGCGCGGACACCAAGCACGGGGCCUCGGGCUCCCCAUUGCGGCUGGACAGCUGCGUGCUGGGCCUCGGCGAGGCGGCCUGGAGCAGCAUGCAGCUGUUCACGCUCACCUGGAGGGAGGACAUCCGACCCGGGGACCCCCAGCACACCAAGAAGCUCUGCCUGGACGCCGUGUCACACAUGAGCCCCGUCACACUCUACGACUGCCACAGUAUGAAGGGGAACCAGCUGUGGAGAUACCGCCCGGACAAGAGCCUGUACCACCCGGUGAGCGGCAGCUGCAUGGACUGCAGUGCGGGGGACCGGCGGGUCUUCAUGAGCGCCUGCGACCCCUCGUCUCCCACCCAGCGGUGGCUGUUCCAGUUCACCAACGCCACCGUCCUGGGCCAGUUCAGCGGGUCCUGAGCCGCCGCCUCUGCCCCAUCCGCCGGAGGGGCUCCUGCAGGUGCCCCCGCUGCUUCUCAGGGCUGUCCCCACACCCUGGGUCCUGGGGAGCCUCCGCCUCCACGGAAGAGCCCGGCGGGGCAUCCCUGUGUGCCUCUUCCUGCCUUCCCCCCCCCCCGCCUCCCCCUGCCUGACCGGCUCUUCCCAGCCUCAGAACAGGAGCUGAUACUCCCCCAAGCCCUGGGGAACUUGGGGGUCCCAGGAGAAACUGUCCUGUUGCAGGCUAAAAGGGGCCCCUUUUGACAGGGGCUGAGCCUUCCUGGGUUGCAGGCCCCAGAAAACAACUGGAAGAGGGUGCAGGGGGGACACCUUGGGGGCAGCUGCACAGGACAGACCCCCCCCCCGCCCAGCACAAGCCUGGCGCUGCCCCCACAUGUCUGUGCCUGCACGUGGGGGUGCCCUUCCCUGUGGGAGCCGCAGGGUGUAGAGCGCACUGUCCAGAUAAAACGCCGGUGCCUUUCUGAGAAGAAGCGCAGCUCUGCACAAUCCCUAAACUUGAACCAUUUCCUAGUGCCUUGCUCAACCCGCGGGGGGCUCACGUCAGCGCCUUUGCUGGGUUUAUGUUCCCAGGGGCUGGGCCCCGCCCUGACCACAAGUCCAGAUGGACCCCGGCAGGGCCAGGCCCUGCGAGCAGCCUCCAGUUUACUUUUCACCCGACUUUGCACUCUGAGACGGGCAGGCAGCCUGCCGUCCCCACUGCCGCUCCGGACGUGUGGCCCCCUGUCCCCAAGUCUGUUCUGAGCCUGAGCCACGGCGACGUGGCCCCCACCUGCCCUGGUCUCUGCUCAUCCACAGGAAUGUGGGGGCUCUUCCCGGCCCCCGCACUCUCCUGCCGGCCUCUGCCCCCAAGUCUAUGAGCGGGGCCUCCUGUGGGUGGGGGCAGGUGAGCCCCUUCCAGGUGGCCUCUCUGUCCCUCCCGACUCUGGCAUCAUCUCCGUCCUGAGGAUCGCUGCCACCUCCGUCCCCCGGGACACCGAGGACCUCGCGCCUCCUCGCAGGGCCCCACGGACGCCUCCAGUCGAGACACGGGCUCUUCUGCCCUGUGACCCAUGACCGUGCUUGAGUAAACGUCCAGUCUCUGCUUG